AUGUCCUCCAGAUACGCAGCUGCCCGCCCUAAGCGCGCGGGCGAGUCCUUUGCGCGCGCCCACCACGGCGAGCAGCGCGCCGGCGGCCCAGACGACGACCACGACGGGCCUUCGUCUUCCAAGCGGGUCAAGUUCGACGUGCGGAACCCCUCUGCUCUCGCCCCCGAUUCCCGCGACAACGAUGACGCCGACGCCGACGAUGCCGCGGUCCUCGACGCCGACGUUAUCGGCAAGGGCCCCGGCGCCACAAAGCGCGGCGCUGUCAACAUUGACGGCUACGACAGCGACUCCGAGAACGAGACCUUUGACGACCGCGCCGAGCGGAGGGGCGCUAGGGGUGCCAACGGCGGCGGCGACGUCGACAUUGCGGACAAGCUGGACAACUACGACAGGAAUCUACGCAACGGGGACGCGGGUGCGCAAGGGCCAGGGAACGGGGGCGACGGAGACGAGGACGAGGACGAGGACAUGUUCGCCGCUGAUGACGACGACGCGGACGAGCAGGACACCAACGACCCGGCCGCACCGCGCACCACGUCCAGGGGCAAGAAGGGCAAGGAGGUCCGCUUCCUGGACGCGCAAAAGAUCGAGGGCCAGGAGAGCACGAGCAAGAGCGGCGGGCACAUCCACCUCGACGAGCAGAACGCCAGCAGCGACGACGAGGAGGACGUCGAGCUGGCCAUCCAGGAGGAGGGCGUCGACGAGGAGAUCGGCAUGGGGGGCCUGAAGCGCAACGCCCCCAAGAUCGACGCCUUCAACAUGAAGAACGAGCAGGAGGAGGGCGCCUUCGACGAGGCCGGAAACUUCAUCCGCAAGGCCGUCGACCCGGACGCCGUGCACGACCGCUGGCUGGAUGGGGUGUCCAAGAAGGAGAUGAAGAGGGCCCGCGAGGCCCACGAGAAGCGCGAGGCGGAGCUGCGGGCCGCGAGGAAGGAGGACGACAGCCUUCUCACUCAGGAUCUGCUGCGGUCGCUGGUCCUGCACCUCGAGAGGGGCGAGACGCCCAUCGAGGCGCUGGCCCGGCUGGGCCGGGCGCGGAAGAGCGAGCCGAAGAAGGUGCCCAAGUGGAAGCGGAAAAAGCUCAAGGGCAGGGAGAGCAAGGACGGCGGCGACGCGGACGCCAUGGACGUGGACCACGGCAAGGAGCCCGAAGACCCUGCGCAGGCCCGGAUCAAGGAGGCCAUCAACGUCAUCACCGAGGCGGCAGACAAGCUGCUCGCCAGGGAGUACGCAGAUGUUUACGAGACGGAGAGGGAGCUGCUCGUGAGGGAGUGGCAGGACGAGGCGGGCGAGCGGUGGAGGGAGCCCACGCCUACUGCCGAGGCGACCACCAGCGGCGGGCGGCAGCACUGCGGGCGCAGCCAACAUGGACCCUACGACGGCCCGACGAUGAAGGCCUGGCAAGACGCAGGCUACUUCGAGGGUGUCGAGUUCCGCGCAGUGGGCGAGGACACCUGGGAUCGAUUAGCAGAGUUCGUGUGA